AUGGAGAUUUCUGGGGUAGUGCCACGUGGAGAUGGUCCCGCAUUGCCUCCCAGUCAGAGCCGCAAGCGCGGCAUGGGAAGGACGGCCUGCUCGCGUUGCAAGGCCAGAAAACAGAGGUGCGAUGGACAGCUUCCCGUCUGCUCUAACUGUACAAAGUCAGGGGCCACAUGUGAUUUGCAGAAUAUUCGAGGUGAGGACUUAGCUGUCGCAAAGUACAUCCAAAGCCUGGAAAACAAAAUUGCCGAACUAGAGAUUCAACGCCUACGAUAUCAGCCCUCGCGGCCUGAACAGCCGGAUAAUCCCAGGUUUCCUCUCCCGGGCCGUAUCAGCGUUGGCGAUGUAGUCAACUCCCUUUGUUGCGAUUUGCAUGAGGCAUCGUCAACCUCCGAGCCCUCGCAGUUUGGGCUUCAUCUUGCACUCAAUCUCGGUGAUGUAGCGCGGAAUGGUUCCCCAAAAUCAACGGGAAAUCUCUAUUCUCAGGAUGAACGUCCGGAGAACUCUCCUGACGGUACAGGCAACUAUCCAUUCACUGGGUUCAUCAAGCAUCGCGCAGAGGGUGCCGGUCCGCCCUCAGAACAGCUGGGUGCGAAGUUCAUCGACGCGUAUUCGGAAAGAUUGGACUGGAGAUAUCCAUUUCUGGAUUUGAACGAGAUUAUGGAACUUCAUCAAGGCCGAGAAUGCCUCUCGCAGACCGACCUACAGUCCCCGGGGGCUACCCAAACAUUUGGGCCAUUCAAAUUGUAUCUCGUGUAUGCUAUAGGAUCUGGACUGCUAGACUUAACAGAGAAACGGACAUCUUCACCAAUGCCAGAGGCUUUUUACGCAACAGCUAUGCAGCAUAUUCCAGCGGCACGAGACCCUCGAUCGCUCGAGAACAUUGAGGCAAUGGUGCUAUUGGCGCUCUUUCACCUUCGUAGCUUCAUCAGCCAUGAGUUAUGGUACCUAAUCGGGUUUGCCAUGCGUACCUGCAUCCACCUAGGCAUGCACCUUUCACGGCAGGAGGUCGGUCUUCCUGCCGCGAUUAUCCAAAGGCGUCGGAAGCUGUUUUGGACGGUCUACUCUCUCGAUCGGAACAUUUCUAUCGCACUCGGAUACCCCGUGAGCCUGCCGGAUCGAUUGAUUGACGUGGAGCUGCCGACUAUAACGGGAGAGGAAGACCACAGAUUGCGGCAGGCGAUAUUUAUAUUCCAGCUCAGGAGAAUUGAAUCUCGCAUUCAUCAUUCUAUCUACCGUAAUGAUCGCACCCUUCAAGAGCUACUACCCAAGACCAGCUGGCACUAUCAGCAACUGCAAGACUGGAAAAACAGUAUACUGUUGUCCAUAGGUCAGGACAGUGGCUGUCGGCUCGACUACCUCCUUCUUCACUUCCACCGAGCCAUCCGGCUGCUCAUCCAGCCUUUUCUCUCAAUAUUACCCAGCUCAGAUCCUUACUAUAAGGCCUGUUUAGAUUCGGCGGGGCAGAUCUGCCAGAUCCACAAGAGAUUACAUCAGAACUCUGAUUAUGGUCACAGUUUUAUUGCCGUCCAGACCGUCUUUGUCUCCGGCAUCAUGUUGCUCUACUGUUUAUGGACGCAUGCCAAUGACGUGUGGAGCAUCCGAUUGAGCAAUAAUCUUCGCGCAUGCUCAAGUGUACUGUUCGUCAUGGGCGAACGAACCCCUUGGGUACGCCGAUACCGCGACGCAUUUGAGGCCCUGGUGGCCGUGACCAUGGAGAGGCUGGAGGCACAGCAGGAAGGCAAUGGUGCGGGAUCCACGGACGAUAUUUCUAUGCAAGAUACUGCAGGUCCGCCGCUGCAAGACCCGCAAAUGAAUGACAUUCCUGUCGCCCCGUCCGCAGACUUUCCUGUCAUGAAUGAAAGUACCCCUGGACAGCCGAUGCCGCCGCCGCUGCAAGCAUUACAGGACCGAUGGAUAGAAUUCGAUACUAUGGCCGUUGUAAAUGAGCUCGUAACCUGGGCGGACCCCGAGACAUCUUCUGGGCAAACACCUUGCGAGGUAGACUACGGCAAUUUUGGAGGUAGCAUUUGGGAGGAGUGGCAACUGCCUUAG